AGCCAAUAGGCUGUGGAAGGCAGAGUUGUCCCUGUGGCCGCCAUUAAAGAAAGGAAUCCAUGAAUUCAAAUGGAAACCAAAAGGAACCGAGGCUGAAAUAAUGAUUGAAAUAGUCGGUGAAUUAUAGGCCGGUGGCGGAAUUCGAGAGGUUUUUACAGGAUGUGUUACGUUUUUAGACUGAAUUUUGCGAUGGAGGAGUAAGACAGGACGUUUUUAUUUUUUUAAGCAGAGACCGUUUUAGGGCUAAGGGGGAGGGGGAGAGUUGCUUCUUUGCUCUCCUUUUCUUUUUGUUUUAUAAACAUUUGUCGCUGCCUUGAAUUUGUUCUUACUGCAUGCUUUUGACAUGCCGAUAUAAGGACCAAACGGGCUUUUAUCCGCUUUUAGCUCCGGCGGGGAACUGCAAUCGGAAGGUUGUAGAAUUAACUAUCUUCCAGCCAAAUGUUACAAAAAAUAUUUCUCGUUGAUUAAGCCUGCACAUCUUUGAAAACACCGAUCCGCAAAUUGUUCUUUAUUUACCGGGAAGUGAAAACGAUGGAGAGUUGGACCUCGCACUGAAGAAGGAUGAGUUCUUGUUUUGUACCGAACGGGGCCAGCUUGGAGGAUUGCCAUUCCAAUCUAUUCUGUCUGGCUGACCUGACAGGGAUCAAAUGGAAGAGGUUUGUGUGGCAGGGUCCCACCUCUGCACCCAUCCUCUUCCCGGUGACAGAGGAGGACCCCAUCCUAUGCAGCUUCAGCCGCUGCUUGAAGGCCGACGUGCUAAGUGUAUGGCGGCGCAGCCAGCGGCCGGGCCGGAGGGAACUCUGGCUCUUCUGGUGGGGGGAUGACCCCAACUUUGCCGAUCUCAUCCACCACGAGCUUGCAGCUGAGGAUGACGGGCUGUGGGAGAACGGCCUUUCCUAUGAGUGCCGCACACUGCUGUUCAAAGCCAUCCACAACUUGCUGGAGCGCUGCCUCAUGAAUCGCAGCUUCGUCCGCAUUGGAAAGUGGUUCGUCAAACCCUAUGAGAAGGAUGAGAAGCCCAUCAACAAGAGUGAACACCUGUCCUGCGCCUUCACCUUCUUCUUACACGGCGACAGCAACGUGUGUACCAGUGUGGAGAUCAACCAGCACCAACCUGUCUACCAUCUGACGGAGGAGCAUCUUACUCUGGCCCAGCAGGCGUCGAGUCCCUUCCAAGUGAUCUUGAGCCCUUUUGGCCUAAAUGGGACACUUACUGGCCAGUCGUUCAAGAUGUCAGACCCACCCACGCAGAAGCUGAUUGAGGAGUGGAAUCAAUUCUACCCUAUCAGUCCCAGCGCCAAAGUGUGUGUGUCGGAGGACAAGGUGGAGGACAUGGACUGGGAAGAUGACUCUCUGGCCUCUGUAGAAGUCCUUGUCGGUGGUGUGCGAAUGGUGUACCCAGCCUGUCUAGUCCUGGUUCCUCAAUCUGACAUCCCUGUUGUGGCCCCUGUGGGGUCUUCCCACUGCACUGCCACCUACCCGGGUGGCCACCAAGUGCCUGCUUCCCAGCGAGAGCCCGCCAUGUCUUUGGUGACCCUUACCCCUCCCACGUCGCCUGAGGAGGCACAGACUGUGGACUCUCACUCGGCCCAGAAGUGGGUGAAGAUGCCUACAUCAUCUGACAUGUUCAGCGUGGACAGGACAAGUCACCAUGGCGGGAGGAUUCCACGGAGGCUAGCUAGUCAGGUGGUGGAGCGAGUCUGGCAAGAGUGCAAUAUCAACCGAGCCCAGAACAAACGGAAGUUCUCUGCUGCAACAAACGGUACCUGUGAAGAGGAGCAGACGGAGAAAACAGGAGCAUGGGAUUUCGUGGAGCCUUCACAGAGGCCAUACUGUGGUUGUUCAAGAUACAAAUCAGUGAAGCAGCGAACAGGCAGCGCCACAAGCCAGGCUCAGUCGUCGGGCCAGCCUUCCCUACCUCCUACUAAGCACAAAGCUGGAGGAGAGAAGCCGGAGAAAGUUGACAAGCAGCAAAAAAGACCACAGACCCCCUUCCAUCAUCGUAGCCUAACGAGUGACGAAGCCUCACUAGAGACCGAGGCAGCGGCAGGCCAAAGGUUGGCCAUGAGGAGCCAGGAUGGAAGCAGAUUCUCCAGCAUUCGCGCUACAGAAGUGUCUGCCAUCCAAAAAGCCCCCCAGCUUCACAGUGGGACAGUCAGCGCUGGGCCAUCUGAACAGGCUAGCUCCCCCCAACCACCACCACUUAGCCCUCACCCCUGCGAGCGCAGCGAAGAGUCAGGGGAGGGCAACAAAAACCCUUCAACUCCCAACAGCCAACACUUCUACCUUCCACCCCCAGAACCCUGCCUGGUUGGGGUAAAGGGUGGUGGCGAGGAGCCGGGUGGGACAGACGGUCUGAAUCAACAGUUCAACUCCCAUCACCCCCACCCACGUCCUGGAUCCUCAGCCUACUCGGAGCCCCCUGAACCCACUGUGUAUGUGGGUGCAGCUGUCAACAUGGAGGAGGACAGCUUCCACACUCCCUGGAGGUUAUUCAACUUACCCAGCAGGAAAGAAGCCGAGCUGCCCACACCUCUCCUGCCGGGGGACAAGCUGAGGGACGAGGCAUCUGCGUCACAGGACAGCAUCGUCUCAAUAACAGAGGUGAUGUCCACGUCUAAAUGGCCUCUGAAGGUAUCUGACGAACGUGUUCAGAUGUAUCGGGCCAGGACAAACCAGUACCUCUCUGCUGCUAUAACUGACGGAGACCUUGAGCCGGAGGCGGACCCCUAUGCCUUUGAGGAAGGAGACGUCAAGUUCACGUUCUCCAACAAGAAGGAUAAAACAGGCGGAGAGCGUGAACCCGGCAAGAAGCAUAAGGGUGAAGAUGGAGGAAUAGGUCCAUCAGAUGAUGCUCAGAGGGCAGCCGCUCACAACCGCAUGGCCUCCACCAGCCUGAUCCAUGUGACAGAUCUGGCAGUGUCCAUCAAAGACCUGGACAACCUUUUCAACUCAGACGAAGAUGAUCUGACGCCUGGUUCCAGGCGGCCGGUGAAUGGAACGGAUGAAAAAUUUGGCAGCAAGGAACCAAAGCCAUCUACCUUAGACCCGAUGUCCUGUUCAGCAGACCUUCACCAGAUGUUUCCCACACCUCCCUCGUUGGAACAGCACAUAAUGGGCUACUCCCCCAUGAACAUGUACAGCAAAGAAUACGGCAGCAUGGACGCCCCUGCAAACAUGACCAUGCUGGAUGGCACCUCAUCUCUGGGAGGCCACUUCAAGAUCGAGGUGGAGGAGAGCUUCUGCAGCCCCAAGCCAUCUGAGAUUAAGGACUACUCGUUUGUGUACAAGCCAGAGCUCUGCCAGGUGUUUGUAGGCUGCUCCAUGUUUGCUCCUCUGAAAACGUUACCAAGUCAGUGUCUCCCACCCAUCAAAAUACCAGAGGAUUGCAGCUAUCGGCCAAGCUGGACCAUGGGCCGGGAGAUGCUCAACCCUGUACCUGUCAUGACCUUCCUUAACAAAGAUAGUAACAUCCCCAGUGUGGGCAGUACCAUGGACCAGGACUACAGCCAGACCUACACCCCUCAGACCCACACGCCCUUCAUGUCAAACAGUGCUCCACCCAGUAACAGUGGCGCUGGCAUCCUGCCAUCGCCUGCGACGCCACGCUUCUCUGCCCCAACCCCACGUACGCCACGCACACCGCGCACCCCUCGAGGUCCUUCCAGCGUUCAGGGCUCACUUAAGUAUGAGAACUCUGAACUGUACUCACCAGCGUCCACCCCUUCCACGUGCCGACCGCUCAACUCAGUGGAGCCAGCCACAGUACCUUCCAUUCCCGAAGCUCACAGCCUCUAUGUCACCCUCAUUCUCUCUGAAUCAGUCAUGAACCUCUUCAAGGACUGCAACUUCGACAGCUGCUGCAUAUGCGUGUGUAACAUGAACAUAAAAGGAGCCGACGUGGGCGUGUACCUCAGCGACCCUGUUGUCGAGGCACAGGAAGCCUGCAGCUGUGGCUUCAGUGCUGUGGUCAACCGGCGCUACGGUAACAGCUCGGGUCUCUUCCUCGAGGACGAGCUGGACAUCAUCGGUCGUGGGUCAGACACGAGCAAAGAGGCAGAAAAGCGCUUUGAGGAACUACGGCUCUCCUCACUGGAGAGGACUGGAGUUGGGAGGGGUGACCGUGUCCCAGAUGAACUGAUUCUACUCCUGCAGGAUCAGUGUACCAACCCGUUCUCACCCAUUUCAAUCCUGGAUCAUGACGUAGUGACACUGGGGUCAAGCGGGGCCUCUGUAUCGCCGUGUGUGAGGGUGGAGGAGAGGGACUACCACAGUGACUGCUACAUGGCCCUGGAGCACGGCAGGCAGUUCAUGGACAACAUGUCGGGUGGCAAGGUGGAUGAGGUGCUGGUCAAGAGCACCUGCCUCCACCACUGGGGCAAACAAAAUGCGGUGGAUGUGAGUGCCCUGUGCUCUCAGGAUGUGUUGCGAGUGCUGAUGUCGCUCCAGCCGAUACUCCAGGACGCAAUCCAAAAGAAGAGGACGGUGCGAUCGUGGGGUGUUCAGGGUCCUCUUACCUGGCAGCAGUUUCACAAGAUGGCUGGACGUGGUUCUUAUGGCACAGACGAGUCCCCAGAGCCUUUGCCCAUCCCCACCUUCCUGGUUGGUUAUGAGUACGAGUUUGUGGUACUGUCUCCUUUUGGUCUGCCGUACUGGGAGAAGCUGUUGCUUGAACCCUUUGGGUCCCAGCGGGACGUUGGAUACCUGGUGGUUUGCCCUGACAAUGAGGCCCUGCUCAGUGGCGCCAAGACCUUCUUCAGAGACCUCACAGCUGUCUAUGAGUCAUGUCGACUGGGCCAGCAUCGGCCUAUUUCCAAAGGCUACCCUGAUGGGAUUGUCCUCGUUGGUGGCAACGGAGCCAAGAACCCUGUGGAUCAGCCUGUCAGUGACUGGUUUCUCAAGGCUUCCAGUGGCCACAGCGACGCCUUUAAUAAGCUCAAACUCUAUGCACAAGUGUGCCGCCACAACCUUGCUCCAUACCUCGCAUCGCAGCCAUUGGACAGUUCUCUCCUCAUACAGCCCAGUCCCCCUUCCUCAACCAGCCAGGCAUUUUCUACGCAACCGUCUAGUUCUUCAUCAGUCAACCAGCAAAGCUCAGUGAAUGCUUCAGGCUCCUCUGUUCCAAACAACAACAACAACAACAGCAGCAGCAGCAGCAGUACCAGCAGCAACAGCAACAACAGCAACAUUGGGUCUACAAAUGGCUCUAUUUCAUCUAGCAGCUUGGUGACAUCCUCAGGGCAGCCUGGUAGCGGCAUGCCGCCUGCCAAGCCCAGCUCUUUCCCACCCUUUGGGAGCAUGGGUAGCCAGGGCCAGAGCAGUGGCCCCCAGAGUGGACAGCUGGGACAGCAAGUUGGUACCCAGAAUACUGGCACCUCAGGGGAGAACUGCAGCAGCCAGGCCCAGGGAGCCACUGAGCCACCUGAGAGCACUUUGGAAAGAGACAAGGUGGGCGUACCCACAGACGGGGAGUCCCACGCCAUAACAUAUCCACCCGCCAUCGUUGUUUACAUCGUGGACCCCUUUAGCUAUGAGGACUCUGACGGUGCCGCAGGCCCAGUGCCGGCCCACUCCAGCGUGUGGACGCUGGGUUUGCUACGCUGCUACCUUGAGAUGCUCCAUUUUCUGCCCCCCCAGAUCCGCAAUUCGGUUUCUGUACAGAUCGUGCCAUGCCAGUAUUUGCUUCAACCAGUACGAGGUGAAGACCGUCACAUCUAUGCCCAGCACCUCAAGUCUCUAGCCUUCUCUGUCUUCGCUCAGUGUAGACGGCUACUACCCACCUCCACCAAUGUCAAGUCGUUAACGGGAUUUGGGCCCGGCUUGGCCAUAGAUACUGCACUGAAAAGCCCAGAGAGGCCAGAGUGUUUGCGUUUGUAUACACCUCCAUUCAUCCUGGCACCAGUGAAAGACAAGCAGACAGAGCUAGGGGAGACAUUUGGUGAAGCAUCACAAAAAUACAACGUGCUGUUCGUGGGGUACUGUCUGUCACAUGAUCAACGGUGGCUUCUGGCUACAUGCACUGACCUGUAUGGGGAACUCCUUGAGACCUGCAUAAUCAACAUUGAUGUUCCUAACAGGGCACGGAGGAAAAAAGGCUCAGUCCGGCGGCUCGGUCUGCAGAAGCUGUGGGAUUGGUGCCUAGGCCUGGUGCAGACAACAUCAGUCCCCUGGAGGGUGGUGAUUGGCCGACUGGGCAGGAUAGGACAUGGCGAGUUAAAAGACUGGAGUAUUCUGCUGAGCAGGAGAAACCUACAGUCACUGAGUCGACGUCUGAAGGAAAUGUGCCGAAUGUGUGGCAUCUCGGCCUCAGAUACUCCCAGCAUCCUCAGCGUGUGCCUAGUUGCCAUGGAACCCCAGGGAUCCUUUAUCAUUAUGCCAGACUCUGUGUCGACAGGCUCAGUGUUUGGUCGAAGCACCACCCUCAACAUGCAGACCUCCCAGCUGAGCACCCCGCAGGACACCUCCUGCACCCACAUCCUGGUUUUCCCCACCUCUGCCUUUGUACAAGUGGCUAGCUCCAAUUACACAAACAUCGACACCAACAUCGAUAUCCUCAAUGCCACCACUGAUGGCUCGGAUGCUAUUGGGAUCUUUGACCUGCUGGACCAGGAGAACGAGUUGGUUGAUCCAGACAUCAUCAACAUUUCACCCAACGCCUCACCAGUUCACUCCCCUGGCUCCCAUUACCACCACGGAGGUGACGGCAGUAAGGGCCAAAGUACGGAUCGCAUGGAAUCCCAUGAAGAGGUUCCCAACCUCCUGCAGCAGCCAUUGUCCCUUGGUUAUUUUGUCUCCACAGCUAAAGCUGGCCCACUACCUGACUGGUUCUGGUCAGCCUGUCCGCAGGCUCAGAACCAGUGCCCGCUUUUCCUUAAGGCCUCUUUGCACCUCCAUGUGUCUUCAGUGCAAUCAGAUGAACUACUGCACAGCAAACACUCCCACCCCCUCGACUCCAAUCAGACCUCCGAUGUACUCAGAUUUGUCCUGGAGCAGUACAACGCCCUCUCCUGGCUGACAUGUGACCCUGCCACACAGGAUCGACGAUCAUGUUUACCUAUUCACUUUGUGGUGCUCAACCAGAUGUACAACUUCAUCAUGAACAUGUUGUAACCGACAGCCUGUUACAGAAGGGGUGUAGGGAAAUAUUCCCAAGAAGAGGAAAAUGCCAACCCCAAACCUAAAAAGGGGAGGUUCGUCAGGACUGAAGAAAACUGCAAGGACCAGACCUUGACCCAGAGUACGGAGCUGGAGCCUUCACCAAGACUGGGUUAGACUGCUGUGUUGAAGCUGAGGCAGUCCUGUUCACCAUGGCUGCUACUGGUUGAGACAGUCGGGUCCCGGUGAAUCACCGACAUGCACGUAGAGACAAGGGAAUAAAGAAAUGGGGGAAACCAGAAGUUGAGUUGCAGUUAAUGAACGUGAGAGAAUGACAGAUUGGUUGUCAUGGUUUGUAGCAUGGCAGCACAGUCAUUGGCCAGUUUGUAUCGGAGAGACAAGUCUACCUGUGAAGUUAGUGGAAGAAAAGGGACAUGUGUAUUUCAAGGAAAGAAACUCGAGAAUGGAUAUUUGGUUUUAAGACUUGAAAUUCCUUUUUUAUUCAUUUGGAUGAAAUGGGAUCCAAAUGAAAUGCCUGCAUCUAUCUUAUUUAUUGUAAGUUUUUAAAUGUAUAAUUUGUCUUAUUUCUUAACCUCUUUUAUAUAUAAAAAUUGAGAAGGUUUAUAUCACCUUCCUGCUUUAAAGCAAUUGGUCUAAAAUAUAUGUAACUGUCUUAAUAAAAAAAGAAAGCAGAAAAAAAAUCCCAUAAAAAUUAACUAAAGUCCCAGUAGGUUGCUUUUAGAGUAAUAUUUUUUGUAAUGGAGACAGAAUAUUUGUAUUGUCACAAUGUACAGAAGACUUUGAGUGGAGAAUAAUGUUCCAUGCGUUUGUGCAUGAAGGACUUACAGCAAAGCUGUAGCUACAGAGGACUUGUACAGCAAUGAACUUCACUGUGUUCAAAUAAAGAGGUACAUUGUUGUAUAUAGUAUUUUAUACCACACAUUUAGACACAAAAACCCAAAUGGCUCUAAUAUAUAUAUAUCUAUAGAUAUAUAUCUAUAGAUAUAUAUAGAUAUAUAGAUAAAAUAAUUAUAUAUGAAUGCCAUGCCAGCAGUUGGUGGUGUGGCUUCGGUUUUAGGAAUAAAGUGCGUCAACUUCA